CAAUGCAAAGUUUUGAGCAGGAGGCUGCUGAGGAGCUCAGCACUCCAGAGGCAGAAGGGAUGCCAUGCACUUGGAGGUCAGGCUCCUGCUCCCCUGAGGCCACUCACUCUGCAGCCCUGACAUCCUGAGCACCUCCUGACAACCCUACCUACCUCGGAAUGGCUCUCCGGUGGCUUUACCCUCUCUCCAUGGCACUGGCGUGGGGCUGCGUGGUCUCCUCCUCCUCCCACACUGCAGUUGCUCCCCCACAAGACCUUCAGAUCACUGAUCCUGGACUCUUAGGUUCUCUGGAUGUAGAGUGGAAACCUCCCCACAACCUCCAAACCUUCAAUGACUGCACAGUAAAAUACAAGUUUGAAUACCGCAACGCUGGGGACAGAGACUGGAAGGUUAUUUUUACUAGGAAGCUAAAAUUGAGAGUUGGAUUUGACCUCAGCAGGACUGCUGAAGUGAAGGUACAGACACUGCUUGAAGGAUGGUGUACUGAUGACACGGAGGUGCAGAGUGACUGGAUUUCUGCUACCUUUCAGGCCCCAUUGUCAGGGAAACUGGAGUCAGAGGUUCAGAAUUUCCACUGCAUCUAUCAUGACUGGGAAUACCUCAAGUGCACUUGGCAACCAGGUGUCCUCGCUCCUCGUGGCGUACGUUAUGGGCUGUAUUACUGGUACGAGGGGCUGGGCCACGUGGCUCAGUGUGAUGACUACAUUCAGGAUCACGGCAUCAACACUGGCUGCAUGUUGCAAAAUCUGAGCCAGGCAGAAUAUAAAGAUCUGAGCAUUUGUGUGAAUGGCUCAGCAGCAGCCACACCGCUCCGGCCGUUGUACGUCACCCUUCGCCUCCACAACAUAGCAAAGCCCUCACCCCCGAAGCAGCUGGUGGUUUCUAUGUCUGCAUCCAAGGAUCUUCACGUGGCAUGGAGCCCGCCGGGCGGCGAGACGCCGGCCCAGUGCCUGGAGUAUGAGGUUCAGCUGACAGACCAUCAGGAGGAGGCCGAGGCUGCCUGGGUGUCUGUGCCAACCCAAAUGGAGACCACUUUAACAAUUUCCAGAGCAAAUCAAAGCCAUGUUUCAUGUGUUCGUGUCAGGGGGAAAACAAAUAUUUUCUGUGCUGACCAUGGCUUUUGGAGUGAAUGGACAAAGGAGUGUUUCUCUGUGUCUAGGAAGGAGGACAACCAGCUAUUUAUCCUCAUUCCAGUCCUUCUGAGUUUGUCAAGUAGCCUCAUAAUACUCACAUUGAUUGGCCAGUACAAGAAAAGAUCCCCAGCAGAAAAGUCGUCGCCUGCAGCAGUGGGUUGCUGACUCUGCUUGUGACUGCUGUGCUGCUUGUGUUUGAUGGACCACUCUUAGAACAUCAUCCCAAGGACAGCUCUGAAGCCCUGAGCUUUCUGUAGCCCACAUGGGUCUUUCUUACCUGCUGCCACUUGCGAGGCUGGUUGUUGCAAUUCAACGUGGAUUCCCUCAGCAGGCCAGAGGAAACCAUGGAGGAGUAUUAAAGUGACUCUGGAGC